CACCUCUUUCUCAGGGCUUUGUGGCUGUUCCGACGAAAAACCCAGAUGGAACUAUGAACUUGAUGAACUGGGAAUGUGCCAUUCCUGGGAAGAAGGGGGUAAGUACAGCCAUUUCUCUACACAUGCAAUACAGUUUCAAAUAGUCAUUGUUUAUAGCACUCCAUCUGUGCAUAGUUGGUAGUAGAUCAUUGAGAGGAAAUGUUUUGCACCUGCAUAUGUAGUAGUUGCAUACACCAACACUAAGAAGUGGACAUCUUGUAUGAAACCAAAGAAUUCUAGGAUGGGGUCAUAGCUCAUCCUUGACCCUCACAUAGUCCAAGUGUUUGUGAUCCAUUAUAAACACGUGUGACUCAUCCCCAGACCCCAUGGGAAGGAGGCUUGUUCAAACUGCGGAUGCUGUUCAAGGAUGACUAUCCUUCCUCGCCCCCAAAGUGUGAGUUUCUUUUUUCCCCUCACAUUUUCAGUCAUAUCAGAUCAGGUGAUCACAAAGGUAGGAAGGAUGUAUUGGAACAGGACUUAGAACUUAUCUCAUGACCUAUUUUCCCCUUACUGAUUCCCUCGUUUUUUUCUAUUUUAUAGGUAAAUUUGAGCCUCCGCUCUUCCAUCCUAACGUAUAUCCGUCCGGCACAGUAUGCCUCUCCAUUCUAGAGGAAGACAAGGACUGGCGACCAGCCAUCACCAUCAAGCAGGUUAGGAGAUACAUUACAUCAUUACAUUUACAUUUUAGUCAUUUAGCAGACGCUCUUAUCCAGAGCGACUUACAUAUUAUUAUUAUUUUUUUAUACUGGCCCCCUGUGGGAAACGAACCCACAACCCUGGCGUUGCAAACGCCAUGCUCUAUCAACUGAGCUACAUCCCUGCCGGCCAUUCCCUCCCCUACCCUGGACGACGCUGGGCCAAUUGCGCGCCGCCCAUGAGUCUCCCGGUCGCGGCCGGCUGCGACAGAGCCUGGAUUCGAACCAGGAUCUAGUGGCACAGUUUUGCACUGCGAUGCAGUGCCUUAGACCACUGAUACUGGUGAUCGACUUACAAACUAUAGCCACCAAAUGGCUAUGCCCAACUAACAUGAUCUUUAUGUAUUGUCAUGUCUUACAGAUCCUAUUAGGAAUACAGGAACUCUUAAAUGAGCCAAAUAUCCAGGAUCCAGCCCAAGCAGAGGCAUACACAAUUUACUGGUGAGUCCUGCUAGUAUCGAGGGGAUUCCUUCCCGAUUGUAGUCUUGUUUUUGGAUAGGGAUAUGGUGGAUGUAACACUAGAUUCCGAUCAUUGUUGUUUUACUAAACCCCUCUCUUGUUUUCAGCCAAAACAGAGUAGAAUAUGAAAAAAGAGUUCGAGCACAGGCCAAAAAAUUCUCCCCUUCAUAAGGGUGAAGACUCUGUUCGGCUUUGGCAGAAGGAAUGGGUCAAACGCGGAUCACCGCCCCUCUGUUUCUCAAUGAAUGUGCCCCUCUCACAUCGGGACUUGCUUAUAAGGACUUCUAUAUAAAACUUUGACAGGCAUUCUGUGCCAUCCUCUUCUCCUCUGACCUACCCCUUUUUUUUUUGUUCUUAACCGCUGGGCUGGCGUGUGGUGGGUGCUGGGAGGAAAUGGGUGCCGUAGCACCCCGGCCACUUCCUUUUAGCUGUAUUACUUGUCUUAUGGUGCGAGGGACACGGCACAGCACCGGUUUCACCAUCGAAUCAAAAUAACCCGAUCUUCAACGUCUUGGUUGUCUUUAAGUUUUUUGUUUAAUUUUGCUCUCAUUGGUCUACUCCUUAAAAACCCCUCCCCUCUUGUAUUUUUUAUUAUUUUAAUUAUGUAAAAUGUGCUAUUUACUUACUUGUCAGUAUUUCAACUGCUGUAUAAUGAAUGGCACUUUUACACUGUCAUCUCACUAGUGUCUCUAGAUGGCUCUGUCUGAUUUGUCUUACGCAGGUUUUCUAUUCAGCAUGCUGUAAUAUAAGAAUCUGCUACCUAAACUGUCUUUUUUGUUAUAUGGAGUGUUUGCUAUGAAAAAAAGAAAAUGGCCACAUUGACUCGCAAGGCAGGUAGGGUUACUUCUGUAUUAGUCUUUAUGUUUAUAUGGUGCUUUGUUCAUGUAUGUGUUAGUAAAUAAACUGUUUCUAUAAAGCCAUUGUUACUCUGUCU